GGGCACAAAGACGACAAGAAACCGGACAAGUUUCUCCUCCGCUCAAUUACUUUACCCAAUCUACAACUUCUGACGAAUCAUAUUCCGGUAGUGCUACUCCCACCUAUACACCGGGUCAAAAUACAUAUCAUGAUAUUCAAACCUUAACAUAUCCACAAGAAUCCCAAUAUACCCCCAAUCCAGCAAAUCAACGAAGCAACCCAGUUCAAUCUCAUAAUCCCCACACUAUAACCUCCAUGAACGCAGAACUUGAUCUCCCCCCCUCCAUUGAUCCCUACGCCUCACAAUUCAGUCUUCCCCCGUCCAGAAAACUCCAACGACGGAACCGCUCAUUUGUUCCCUCCUCAGAAGACUCUCAAACCUCAUCUGGAAACUAUAAAGGUAACCCACGCGCCGGCAUUCGCGAACUUUCCGAUCAUCUCAACUGUGCCCUCUGGCUCACCAAUCUCGCCGCCGACAUCCAAGCCCAUGAAGUUUUCGACGAAAUCCACACCGGUGCCGUCUCCGCCUUUGAAAUCACCCGUCCACGGGGCGAAUACAUCAUGUCCGCCGCAAAACUAAUUUUCAAACAUCCCGAAGCCGCUGCGCUUUUCAAAGACCAAUGCAAUAACGAGCAUGGAAUCAUCAUCCGCGGACGCAGAGUCAACGCCCGCUAUAACACAUUCGGAUAUCGUCGAUACAAGAGCGAAGAUAAAACUCGCAUGAUCUCUAUCGAGGGACCAAGUCGCUACGUGGUAUAUGAUGAUCUCAAGGUAUUUUUUGAAACGUUUUGUGAUCAUGAGUUGUCGGGAUGGGAAUAUGUCGAGGCGGCUGUGAAGGGGAAUCGGAAGAUGAUCAUGGGGUUUGCGAGGAUCAAUGGGCAGGCUACCCAGUGUUUGGAGGCGUUGCAGAUGCAUCCGGUUUAUGGAGAACAUUUGGUUGUGCAAUACGCACCGGAUCCCUGUGCGAGGGAUUCUCCGUAGGCUUAAUUCUGAUUGUUGGGUGGGAAGAGGAGAGUUGAGAAGUUUUAAGUGUUGGGUGGUUGAGAUCUUGUCGAACUCAGAUGGGUCUGAUGUAUUUUGAUGGUGGCUGCUAGUUGGCUGAGAUUCACUCUGAAGGUUAAAGUUCUUUUGGCGGGCCAGAGUUGUUGAACUUAUAUGAAGCAAAAUGACUGUGUCCAGAGAUGUAGUCCCUCGGAACAAAUAUUUAGCAUGA